AUGGUCGAUGCAACCCACAGCACGGCCCCCGUGGGCUCAGACACGGGUGUACGCAAGUUUACGCUCUCGUGUUCUCGAUGUCGGGCCUCGAAGCUGAAAUGCGACCGUAAAGAACCUUGUAUGGAGUGCGUCAAGCGUAACAUUGGCCAUCUGUGUACCAAGGACGAGCGUCAACCGCGAGCCAAACGAUCCAAAAUCGAGAAUAAAGACAAGACCCCCUCCAAGCGCGAUCCGCCACCGAAUGGAGAUGGCGAGGCGGAGGCCGAGGAGACCGCGCAACUCCUAGAGCAUUUCGUUGAAGGGGUUCCGCGUCCCAAUGCCUAUCGGCCUGCGGUUUUGGGCCCGACCCCGUCGUCCGUUGCGCCCGACUUUCCCAAUCCAUACUGGUCGAGUAACGACCCCAAGCGACACGGGGAGAAACUCGCCUUAAUCCGAGAGAUCGUCGAUGCGAUGCCGACGGUGGAGAUCAUCGAUGCCCUUUUGGAAGUCUUUAUCACGCGUUGCCAGGGUCCGUUGGGGAAUGUGGUUCACACGCCAACGUUCCUGAAGCAAGCUCAACAGUUCAGUAAUUGCUUAAAGCUUGCGUCACUGGACUCGCGGGUCUUGGCCGUAUCGAGUACAGUGCCGAUGGAGAAACUGGGCGGUUACCUCCUCGCGCUCGUGCUUGGUCUCGCGUUCCAUCCGACGCCGUCUCUCCUCGGGUGGACUCCUACCCCGUUGACCCUCCGGGUGGAGGAGCUACGAGCGUCGGAGAUGCACUCCAAGACAUGGAGAUCUCUCGGCUUGCGUUGCCUCCAGGACGGGGUGUCUCUCUUUUGUGGCUCGAUCGCCAGUUUGCAGGCGGCCAUCAUGCUUCUGCUUGACGGCCAGGAGAACUCAUUAGCGCUGGACGCGGUUCUGGUUACGGCCAUCUCGGGAGCCCGGAAACUGGGUCUGCACCGCUUGGGUGGCAUCAAGUUGGAUGCCUCUGCAUCACCCGUCGCAUCGUUAGAAAACGACCCAGCAGCCCUGGUGGAACCGGACCAUAUUCGAACCGAAAUAGCGAUUCGCAUUUGGUGGGCCCUCGUUCUGAGAGAUUGGUCGCGCGGACAAGCCCUUGGCUACUACACCAUUCAUCCAUCCCAGUUUAACACUCGGAUGCCGUUGCACAUCAAUGACGAUGAUCUCUGUCCGUCCGCAUGGCGGGUGACGGUCAAUGGCGAGAUCACGGAGCGGCCUCGGUCAGAGUUCACAAUGAUGUCGUAUACCGUCCACGCCCUCGAACUCGCCGGCAUUGUGCGCGAAUCGAUCGAUCUGAGGGGAGCACCAACCCAGCAGCCCGAUGGAACCGCUGAGUCGGCCAAGCUGCGCAGACAUAUCAACAAUAAGUACGAAAAGUACAUCGCUACUCUGCCAUCAUAUUUUCGACUGGGGAGCACCGUCGGGCUCACUGCCACGGGUCCCAUGGCAGCAAUCCCGGUGCAACGCUGGAUGCUGCACCAGCAACUCUGGAGCUUACUGCUUCGACUCCAUCGCGCGGAUCUCUCAUCUCCAAUUAGCCGUGCUUCCUGUCAGCUUCUCGCCCAGAAUAUUGUCAGUACCCAGGCUCAGAUUCAGGCGCGCUGCGCGGUGUGUGGGUCCCUCUCCACCAGUGAGACGCAACUAUUCAACGCGGCUGUGGUGUUGCUCCUCGACCUGCUCUUCUCAUCGAAGCAAGGGGACGGGGACAGUGCCAGUGCACACCUUAGCCGAUUGAUGACUCGGGACAAGAUCCGGGAAGCAAUUGAAUUAUUACGAACCAAAAGCCUCAUGGAGGGCUCAUCACUUCACGAUCUGCACUUGGAGCAGGUCAAAGGGUCUGCUCAGCGCAGCGUAGUUGCUCUGGAAGCCUUAAUGAAGCUUGAAGAAGGUGAUUUCGAUCACAACGGCACCAAUAGCUCAAAUAGUGCCGCGGGCAAUCGUACCCGAGAACCAUUGGCUGCCAAAGACUCCCUGCGGCUCAGGAUUACUGAUAUUCUCAGGGCUCUGAGCGGAAGAGCCGACCCGGAGGGCGCCCCCGUGCAAGAGCCGCAGGCCCCCAUGGACCCUCUUUCCCCGUUUCAGGUGUCGAUGCCGUUUGCCAAUGUCCCCGAUGGGUUUCAUGACCUGGACGUGCUGCCGAUCCUCUCCAACGGUCUCAGCCCCAACUUUUGGCAAUUCUUGGACUUCCCCCCGCCACCAUUCGAUUCUCACCCAAAGGAGGUCUCGUUGGCUACCCAGGGAGACCCGCCUGGCGCCUUUGGACUGGGUCCUUCGCAAUUUCCCGACUCAUAUAGUAGCACUCCUAGCACUCGUAUGACCCACACAUCUCCGUCUCUGCAGAGUGAAUCAAUCGGCCUGGGUGGAGGCAGUGACUCCGCCACAACUCCCUCUAGCGCUGAUGCCUACGUUGCCGCCAAGUUUUAUUACGCCAUGGGUGAUGGGACACUGGCUCCUAUGUAG